UCAACACUGACAGUGUGAAUUAGUUUUUCGUUGGGUUGAGCCUGUUUUUGCUGCAGACAUGGCCUGCAUCGAUGUAUUGAGAACCAGGUUUCACUUUUAUGACAAAAUGUAUAGUCAUGAUUUACGUGAACAAAGCUUUGCUGACUGGCCAUUUAGAGAGGAAUGUAACUGCACACCUGAGAAGAUGGCCAGAGCCGGGUUUGUCCACUGCCCCAGUGAGAACGAGCCUGAUGUUGCGUGCUGCUUCUUCUGUCUGAUUGAGCUUGAGGGUUGGGAGCCGGAUGAUGACCCCUGGACUGAACACGUAAAACGCUCCCCUAACUGUGGAUUCUUAACCAUGAAGAAAGACUUCACCGAGCUAACUGUGGCUGAAUUCUAUCACAUGGAGAGGGAGAGGCUAAAGGUCUACCUCAGAAAGGUUUGUCAUAAGAAGAUGGCAUAUCUGCGGGAUGACAUAGACCACACGCUCGAGAGCCUCAGAUCUCGGUUGGACACCAUAUGACUGAAACUUUAAUUAUAUUGCUACAAGCAUCUUCAAGGCGUCACAACAGCCUGUAGACUUGACUCAUCAGGUUGAUGUAAUGGCAGUUUAAAAUAAUCAAUAAAGUUGUGAGGAACAUUA